UUACCCUUUCCUAACUCUGUGACUUCCUCCAUGAGGGUGUCAGGGAGCCGCGCCCACUGCGCUGUGCUGGCAGUGACCACAUGCCCAGCAGGAUCGGCUGCCUGGGAUCCUUGCCCUGGUCCCCGCCAAAGAACACCAAAAUGGAGAAGAAAUUCUGGGAGCAGCUCUAUCUGGCCCUCACCCUCCUCCUCCUGAAUCUGGGCUCUGCUGUGACUGUAGAAGACCCUCACAGCUGCUAUGGAGCUCCAGGCCUGCCAGGCGUGCCAGGUAUACCAGGCAGGGAUGGCCGGGAUGGACUGAAGGGAGCCAAAGGGGAGCCAGGUAUCCCAGCUUCUUCUACACAGCUAGGGCCCAAGGGCAUGAAAGGGUCACCAGGCCCCCCUGGCCCUGCAGGCAAGCCUGGCCCCCCUGGGGCCCCUGGUCCAAUGGGAAUCCCUGGGGAGGCAGGCAGUGCUGGGCCCCCGGGACUGCCAGGCAGCUCCAAGCAGAAGCAGCAGUCAGCAUUCUCAGUGACGAGGCAGACCAGCCAGUACCCCUUGAAGAACGUCCCCGUGGUUUUCAACAACAUCAUCACCAACACCAACCACGACUAUGACACCACCACGGGCAAGUUCACCUGCAGGAUCCCUGGGGUCUACUACUUCAUCUUCCACAGCUCUCACACAGCCAACCUCUGCGUUGUCCUGCACAAAAACCAGAGGAGGAUGGCCAGCUUCUGCGACCACAAGACCAACAUGGUGCAGGUCAGCUCGGGGGGGACGCUGCUCCACCUGGCUGCUGCUGACGAGAUCUGGCUGGAAGUGAACGACUACAAUGGCAUGGUGGGCAUUGCCAACUCCGACAGCAUCUUCUCAGGCUUCCUGCUCUUCCCAGACUAGAGGAUCAGCAGAGCUCACCCCAGCACCCCAGCGUCUUUUACCCGCCCUGAACACACUGCUCGCUGCUGGGCUCUUCCUGAUGCUCCCAGUUUCUCUUCAGGGAGGGCAUCAAGCCCAGCAGCCAGACCCCUCACCUCAGUCUGGGGGCUGAGCCCUGGUAGCUACUGCACAGGGGGAACAGGAACAUCUGCUACAUCUGCACCCAGAGGGAUGGUGCUGAGCUCCUGGUCCUGCUGGCACUGCCAUGUGCAUCCCCCCUGCUAACCCCACAUCACCUCAAAGGUCUCCCUGUGUUUUUCUUCUCCCCACCUGGGCUGCCUCAGGUUCAGCCAGGUGUCCUGGCACAGGCUGCAGCAGCCCCUUUGCCAUGACCUGGCUGUGGAAAGUGUCAAUAAAACCUUCCCCAGUGCA